UUUAGAACACAAACACAUUUUGUCAGCUGGAGUUAAAAAGUUAACAAUCGAGGGUUCUCUGAGAACUAAGGCCUGUAUACAUCUGACAAAACUUAGGAUCAAAAUGUGUUCCUGAAACGAAACAAUUUAUUCAUAAAAUGCUAAAUUCUAAAGUCCACAAACUUACUUUUGGGGUUAAGAGUAAGGAAAGCAGUUUUCUGUUUCCGGUGUUGAUUUGAUCAGCAUAUCCAGUUUCACAAAAAUAACACAAAUGGGUCUUAGUGAUGCACUUUCACCCCUGGCAGGCACUAUCCUUUAGCGUGGAUCAAGAGGAGUGUCUGAUUAUCACAUGUCAAACUUGAGUCAAAGCUCGUUAUCCUUUGGCCACACGUUCACAUAGAAUCAUUAAAACCUGUGGCCCUGGAAAAAGGUUAUAUUGAAUAGGUUUGCUGAACCCUUGUUAAGCUAAUAAUAGGGUUCCCCUACUACAGUCUUCCUACUGUCAUAAAAACCUACAAACUGAAAAUUUCUAAAGCUUUGUCCUUGCACCUAUCAAAAUGUGCCCCGCAUUGAACGCUUAGUUGGGCAAAGUAUCCACCUAGUACUGUAUAUGGAUUUUUUUUUCCCCAACGGUAUCAAACUGACGGCUGCUGAACUCAAUUCAAGGAGAAGCAACUCCCUUGCAAGAGAUUUUAAAAAGAAAUGGUUUAAAUCCAGGAAAUUUUUACAAAUCCUGGGCAAAUAAAUGCUGUAUUAGUUCAUGGCAGAAUUACUAAGAAAGCUGUGCAAGGUCUAGCGAGAGACUGGGGUCCUCCCCAAAGGCUCUAACAUGGUGGUCCCUGGGAAUCUCCCAAGAAAAGUAAAGGCGUGGGGAGAAGUGCCAUGAACUUUGACCGGAGAGCAGCACAAACAAGACUGACCGCACCCCAGGCGGGCCCGUGGGUUACUAAAGUUGCAAGGUCUUCCGCGUCUGAGGAGACCCCGCCCUGCCCUGUCCCGCCCACCGACAACUCCGCCAAUCCUCGGGCUCCAUCGACCGCUCGGCUUCCCAGGCUCCAUAAAUCAAAUACCUAUAUACGGCCCCGGCCCUGUGCCCCGCGAUCAGGGAAGGUCAGUAGAGAGCCUAUUGGAGCCGAGCUUGGGGCGUGGUCCGGAGCAGGGGGCGGGCGGACUGAGACGGUGGGGCGGGGCGUGCUCGGCGCAGUCGGGUGCGAUUGGCCACCCCUGGCAGGAGCCGCACCUCGGACAGCAGCAGCGGCGGCGGCCGCGGGAGGGUCCUUGUGGCGCCGGGCGGCGGGGUCCUGCGUGGAGAGUGGGACGCAACGCGGAGACCGCGAGCAGAGGCUGCGCACAGCCGGAUCCGGCACUCAGCGACCGGACCCAAGGAUCCGCCGGGGAACAAGCCACAGGAGAGCGACUCAGGAACAAGUGUGGGAGAGGAAGCGGCGGCGGCGGCGCCGGGCCCGGGGGUGGUGACAGCAGGUCUGAGGUUGCAUCAUAAAUACAAAGGACUGAAGUAAUAAAAGAGAAAAAAUAAGAUUGCUGCUAAAAUGAAUCUGAGCAAUAUGGAAUAUUUUGUGCCACACACAAAAAGGUACUGAAGAUUUACCCCCCCCCCCCAAAAAAAUUGUCAAUGAGAAAUAAAGCUAACUGUGAUAUCAGAAAGCAGAGCCUGCUCUACUGGCCAUCAUGCGUAAAGGGGUGCUGAAGGACCCAGAGAUUGCCGAUCUAUUCUACAAAGAUGAUCCUGAGGAACUGUUUAUUGGUUUGCAUGAAAUUGGACAUGGAAGUUUUGGAGCAGUGUAUUUUGCUACAAAUGCUCACACCAAUGAGGUGGUGGCAAUUAAGAAGAUGUCCUAUAGUGGGAAGCAGACCCAUGAGAAAUGGCAAGAUAUUCUUAAGGAAGUUAAAUUUUUACGACAAUUGAAGCAUCCUAAUACUAUUGAGUACAAAGGCUGUUACUUGAAAGAGCACACUGCUUGGUUGGUGAUGGAAUAUUGCUUAGGCUCAGCCUCUGAUUUAUUAGAAGUUCAUAAAAAACCACUUCAGGAAGUGGAGAUCGCUGCCAUUACUCAUGGAGCCUUGCAUGGACUAGCCUACCUACAUUCUCAUGCAUUGAUUCAUAGGGAUAUUAAAGCAGGAAAUAUUCUUCUAACAGAGCCAGGUCAGGUAAAACUAGCUGAUUUUGGAUCUGCCUCAGUGGCUUCUCCUGCCAACUCCUUCGUGGGCACACCUUACUGGAUGGCUCCAGAGGUGAUCUUAGCUAUGGAUGAAGGACAGUAUGAUGGGAAAGUUGAUGUUUGGUCACUUGGCAUCACUUGUAUUGAAUUGGCGGAACGGAAGCCCCCCCUUUUCAACAUGAAUGCAAUGAGUGCCUUAUAUCACAUUGCCCAGAAUGACUCCCCAACGUUACAGUCUAAUGAAUGGACAGACUCCUUUAGGAGAUUUGUUGAUUACUGCUUGCAGAAAAUACCUCAGGAAAGGCCAACAUCAGCAGAACUAUUAAGGCAUGACUUUGUUCGGCGAGACCGGCCACUGCGUGUCCUCAUUGACCUCAUACAGAGGACAAAAGAUGCAGUUCGUGAGCUAGAUAACCUACAGUACCGAAAAAUGAAAAAAAUACUUUUCCAAGAGACACGGAAUGGACCCUUGAAUGAGUCACAGGAGGAUGAGGAAGACAGUGAACAUGGAACCAGCCUGAACAGGGAAAUGGAUAGCCUGGGCAGCAACCAUUCCAUUCCAAGCAUGUCCGUGAGCACAGGCAGCCAGAGCAGCAGUGUGAAUAGCAUGCAGGAAGUCAUGGACGAGAGCAGUUCUGAACUUGUCAUGAUGCACGAUGAUGAAAGCACAAUCAAUUCCAGCUCCUCCGUCGUGCAUAAGAAGGAUCAUGUAUUCAUAAGGGAUGAGGCGGGCCACGGCGAUCCCAGGCCUGAGCCGCGGCCUACCCAGUCAGUUCAGAGCCAGGCCCUCCACUACCGGAACAGAGAGCGCUUUGCCACGAUCAAAUCAGCAUCUUUGGUUACACGACAGAUCCAUGAGCAUGAGCAGGAGAACGAGUUGCGGGAACAGAUGUCAGGUUAUAAGCGGAUGCGGCGCCAGCACCAGAAGCAGCUGAUCGCCCUGGAGAACAAGCUGAAGGCUGAGAUGGACGAGCACCGCCUCAAGCUACAGAAGGAGGUGGAGACGCAUGCCAACAACUCGUCCAUCGAGCUGGAGAAGCUGGCCAAGAAGCAAGUGGCUAUCAUAGAAAAGGAGGCAAAGGUAGCUGCAGCAGAUGAGAAGAAGUUCCAGCAACAGAUCUUGGCCCAGCAGAAGAAAGAUUUGACAACUUUCUUAGAAAGUCAGAAGAAGCAGUAUAAGAUUUGUAAGGAAAAAAUAAAAGAGGAAAUGAAUGAGGACCAUAGCACACCCAAGAAAGAGAAGCAAGAGCGGAUCUCCAAACAUAAAGAGAACUUGCAGCACACGCAGGCCGAAGAGGAAGCCCACCUUCUCACUCAACAGAGACUGUACUAUGACAAAAAUUGUCGUUUCUUCAAGCGGAAAAUAAUGAUCAAGCGGCACGAGGUGGAGCAGCAGAACAUUCGGGAGGAACUAAAUAAAAAGAGGACCCAGAAGGAGAUGGAGCAUGCCAUGCUAAUCCGGCACGACGAGUCCACUCGAGAGCUAGAGUACAGGCAGCUGCACACGUUACAGAAGCUACGCAUGGAUCUGAUCCGUUUACAGCACCAGACUGAACUGGAAAACCAGCUGGAGUACAAUAAGAGGCGAGAAAGGGAACUGCACAGAAAGCAUGUCAUGGAACUUCGGCAACAGCCAAAAAACUUAAAGGCCAUGGAAAUGCAAAUUAAAAAACAGUUUCAGGACACUUGCAAAGUACAGACCAAACAGUAUAAAGCACUCAAGAAUCACCAGUUGGAAGUUACUCCAAAGAAUGAGCACAAAACAAUCUUAAAGACACUGAAAGAUGAGCAGACAAGAAAACUUGCCAUUUUGGCAGAGCAGUAUGAACAGAGUAUAAAUGAAAUGAUGGCCUCUCAAGCGUUACGGCUAGAUGAGGCUCAAGAAGCAGAAUGCCAGGCCUUGAGGCUACAGCUCCAGCAGGAAAUGGAGCUGCUCAACGCCUACCAGAGCAAAAUCAAGAUGCAAACAGAGGCACAACAUGAACGUGAGCUCCAGAAGCUAGAGCAGAGAGUGUCUCUGCGCAGAGCACAUCUUGAGCAGAAGAUUGAAGAGGAGCUGGCUGCCCUUCAGAAGGAACGCAGCGAGAGAAUAAAGAACCUAUUGGAAAGGCAAGAGCGAGAGAUUGAAACUUUUGACAUGGAGAGCCUCAGAAUGGGAUUUGGGAAUUUGGUUACAUUAGAUUUUCCUAAGGAGGACUAUAGAUGAGAUUAAAUUUUUUGCCAUUUACAAAAAAAAAAAAAGAAAACAGAAAAAAAUUCAGACCCUGCAAAACCACAUUCCCCAUUUUAACGGGCGUUGCUCUCACUCUCUCUCUCUCUUACUCUUACUGACAUCGUGUCGGACUAGUGCCUGUUUAUUCUUACUCCAUCAGGGGCCCCUUCCUCCCCCCGUGUCAACUUUCAGUGCUGGCCAAAACCCGGCCGUCUCUUCUAUUCAUAGUACACGUCACAGUAUUGAUGUGAUUCAAAAUGUUUCAGUGAAAACUUUGGAGACAGUUUUAACAAAACCAAUAAACCAACAACAAAAAAAGUGGAUGUAUAUUGCUUUAAGCAAUCACUCAUUACCACCAAUCUGUGAAAGUAAAGCAAAAAAAAAAAUAAUAAAUGCCAAGGGGGAGAGAGACACAAUAUCCGCAGCCUUACACCUUAACUAGCUGCUGCAUUAUUUUAUUUUAUUUUAUUUUUUUGGUAUUUAUUCAUCAGGAAUAAAAAAAAACAAAGUUUUAUUAAAGAUUGAAAAUUUGAUACAUUUUACAGAAACUAAUUGUGAUGUACAUAUCAGUGGUGACAUAUUAUUACUUUUUUGGGGAUGGGGGGUGGGUGGGGUGAAGAGAUCUUGUGAUUUUUAAGAACCUGCUGGCAAGAGUUUAACUUGUCUUCAGCAUAUUCUGAUUGUAUCAUAAUCAUUUUCUGCUGUUGCAGAGGAUGUGAAUACACUUAAGGAGCUCACAGAAUCCCAGUAGCACAAAUUGGGCUUUGGCAAAUCGUGUAUUUUGUGUAUAGAAGGAAUUUAAGGAGAGGUAUUACUUAUUUUCAUAUUGUAUUUUAACUGUUUCUCUGAUCAAAUUUUUUUACUUCCUCCUGUUCCUCCCCACCUCCCUCCUUUUCCAAUUCAGUAUUUGGAGUUCAACACUGUCUCUCAAUCAGAUCAUCUUGAUCUUUUUCUUUAUCUCCCUUCCCCUUCCUAAGUCCCAUUUCUUGGUCAUAAAUAUUGCAUUAUUCACACUUUCAAACUGUGUAUUUUCUUACAAUAAAAAAUGAUGAAAAAAAAAAA